CUUAUCGUAUAUUAAUUUUAUUUAACAAAUAUGAAAUUCAUACACUCAAUCCACGCCCAUUGUAGUAUAAAAACGCAUUGAAGUGGAAAAUGGCCCUAUCUUCGCUCCAGAUCUGAUCCUAACACCAGACACAACACAGGGUUAGGGGUUUUAUUUACAUAUUCAGAUCAGAUUAUGGGCCGUGGGGUCAGCAGCGGUGGGGGACAGAGUUCCCUUGAUUACCUUUUCGGAAGUGGAGAGGCUCCAAAAGCCACCCCAAAGAAUGCUGAAGCUCCUCAGAGUUCAGUACAGGUUGCAAGCAAUGAACCUUCUCAGAAGCCUGCGGCUGCUGCACCACCAGUAGAUGUUACUAAGCAGAUUCCAGCUGGUAUUCAAGGAAAUGCUGGAAACAACUAUUUUCGAGCUGAUGGACAGAAUACUGGAAACUUCAUCACGGAUCGGCCUUCAACUAAAGUCCACGCGGCCCCAGGUGGCGGAUCUUCCCUGGGCUACCUGUUUGGCGGUGGCAGCAGCAACUAAUGCUGUGUUCUUUGAAAGGAUAAAACAAUUGCUUACUGUUUGUUUGUCCAGGUUCCAUUUGAAGUUUGGGGAAAACAAUAUUUUCUUAUUCUUGUCGCUGCAGACAUCUGAGUUCCAUGUAAUAUAAUCUUGUCCUUGUUCAAAAUGUUGUAAAGUUUGAUGCAUUGACAGUCGGAGACUACCCACCUUAUCAAUUGUUAAUUGAUUAAGUUUGUUUCGUGUCCUAUUAA